AAACGGAAGCGUGGAGCUCGCGCAGCACGCUGCGACGCAUAAAAAAAUAACUAAAUGCAUAUAAAACUAGGGGCGAAAAAUUCCUCCCCCCGCCAUAACUACACACGCAGGAAGUCUGUCGUCUUCUCUCAUGGCGAUAGAGAAAUUGCUUUUCUAAUAUAUGUAUUGAACCAGUCGCAAUCCAAUCCUUCCGCAAGAAAUCAAAAAUAGUGACGCAUCCGUCGAUUUCCUCACUACCGCAUUAUACAAAUUUCAAAGCUUGAAGAAGGCAGAUCGAUCGAGAGAAUUAUGGGGAGUUUGGCGGCGAUUCUGAGGCACCCUGACGAUGUGUACCCCCUGAUGAAGUUGAAGAUGGCCGCGCGGAAUGCGGAGAAGCAAAUCCCUCCGCAGCCUCACUGGGGCUUCUGCUACUCCAUGCUCCACAAGGUCUCUCGCAGCUUCGCUCUCGUCAUCCAGCAGCUCGGUACCGAGCUUCGCGAUGCCGUAUGCAUUUUUUAUUUGGUCCUUCGAGCUCUUGACACUGUUGAGGAUGACACAAGCAUACCAACAGAUGUCAAAGUACCCAUUCUGAUUGCCUUUCAUCAACAUAUAUAUGAUCGGGACUGGCAUUUUGCAUGUGGUACAAAAGAGUACAAAGUUCUCAUGGACCAGUUUCAUCAUGUUUCAACUGCUUUUCUGGAGCUUGGAAGAAGUUAUCAGGAGGCCAUUGAGGAUAUUACCAAAAGAAUGGGUGCAGGCAUGGCCAAAUUUAUAUGCAAGGAGGUAGAAACCAUUGAUGACUACAAUGAAUAUUGCCACUAUGUAGCAGGACUUGUUGGAUUAGGAUUGUCCAAGCUUUUCCAUGCCUCCAGGUUGGAAGAUUUAGCUCCAGACUCUCUAUCCAACUCCAUGGGUUUAUUUCUUCAGAAAACAAACAUUAUUCGAGAUUAUCUGGAGGAUAUAAACGAGAUACCAAAGUCACGCAUGUUUUGGCCUCGCGAGAUAUGGAGUAAAUAUGUCAACAAGCUUGAGGAUUUGAAAUAUGAGGAAAACUCAGACAAGGCGGUGCAAUGCUUGAAUGAUAUGGUCACAAAUUCUUUGAUACAUGUUGAAGAUUGCCUGAAGUAUAUGUCUGUUCUUCGAGAUCCUGCCAUAUUUCGAUUUUGUGCUAUUCCGCAGAUAAUGUCAAUUGGAACACUGGCUUUAUGCUACAACAACAUUGAAGUAUUCCGAGGAGUAGUGAAGAUGAGACGAGGCCUUACUGCUAAAGUUAUUGACCGAACAAAAACAAUGUCUGAUGUAUACGGAGCCUUCUUCGAUUUUUCUUGCAUGCUGAAGUCCAAGGUUGACAAAAGCGAUCCUUACGCUACUAAAACGUUGAGCAGGCUGGAAGCAAUUCAGAAAAUAUGCAGGGACUCUGGAACCCUAACCAAAAGGAGAUCUUAUAUAAUGAGAAGCGGGCCCAGAUACAAUUCUGCCCUGAUGAUCACCUUCUUCGUUUUAUUGGCCAUCAUUUUUACCUAUCUGUCUGCCAAUUGACAAAUUAAUUACUGGAUGCUUUCUUGAGAAUCUGUACCUUGAAUGGCUAGCUGCUGGCUGCUCAAGGGUUUAGGUCUAGUUCCUUGGAACUCCUGUUGUUUUCUUGUGCGUGUACACAAUAAUCAUGGGGAUGUUUGACAGCAUAAGCAUAGCGAUAAAAAAAAAGAGAAAAAAGAGAAGGAAGCGAUGUUUAUUUAUUAUAAAUCAAAUAUGUAUAUUGUGUAAUAUGGUUCCUUUAGCCUCAGCCUGCAUUUACAAAUGUAUCCCUAAUCCUAUAUAGCAGUUCUUGAAGCAAACACCAUGAAAUGAGUUUGUAUUUUGGUCGUCUCUACCUCUGAAUAUGGAUAUCAAGCAGUCAAAAUUUGUGAAUCAACUUGUUCGUGUAGUUUUUCCCA